GGAUUGUAUAUACAUUGUGAGUGUUAAUUAGACAUUUUAACACUGCCAAUUUUGCUGUGUAAAUAACUCUUAUUUUAAAGAAGUUGGUUUUUGCACAAGCAUCAGUAUACAUGCAUGUAAAGCAACACAACACGUUAUUAUAAUCUUCAAAAAAACACGAUAAUUAAACAUUCUGGUUGUUUUAAUGUGACGUCGCGCUGUUGAAAGCAUUUUAUAAACUAUAAUUCUGACUGAUCACUGCAUAUAGUGUCAGUGUGUGAGAAUAAUCCAGUUUUAUUUUAAGAACAGCUUGGUGGAGAAACGAUCAUUUAUACGUCUGAUUCAAAUUCAGACAUUUAUUCCAACAUACUGUACGUGGAGUAGUUCGGCGUUCUCUCUGUGCUCAGAUAGGAGACAGACGUCCCACAGCGACACCUGUUGCACACAGCGAACGCGUCACAGAGAAACUCUGCUGAUUUCAACUUGACUGUCCUGCAGGUGCAGGUGCAGGUUGAUCUACAGCAGACUUACACGCUCUGUGUCAGACUGUAAUGGACAGGAUUGUGAUGUUCGGUGCUUACAGUAACACUGUCCCAACAAGACACCACAAGGUGACCGCCUCGAGAAAUCUCAAUGAGUUUUUCAGCGUCCAAGCUGCAGUGAUGCGCUCAGAAGCGAACGCUAUGGGAGAACAGCUGAAGGUUCAAGAUAAAGUGUCAUUUUGAUUCCCAAGAGGACAUUAAAGGGGCAGAGAAUGUUGGACAUUAAGGGGUGUUUGAGGGGGGUGCUAGAAGAGAGAAGUUCUCACCGAGGUCAGAAUCAGGAAAUUCAUUUAGUCUUUGGGGAUUUAUUGUAUGACCUGCACACACACACAUUGACCCUAGAAAUCCCACUCCGAGAACGGUGAAGUGCAGUUCUUGCAUCCUGAUUCUCCUUCUUCAUGUCUCAAAGGACGGCUCGGCUUGUGUUUGAUUUUCACGGCCACGAGUGUGAACUCUUUCAGUAUGUAGAAACCAUCUCUUCUCAGUCUUUAGAUGCAUUUCAUGGCAACACUUUCGGAGGCUCGGCGUGUUCUUACACAAGGCAGGAGACGUCGUUUCAGGUGCUCAAGGCUACAGAAGAAGAUGUGAGGCGAGGACAUUUCAUUACAGACGACUCAAGUGCUUGUUCACUCAUGUAGAGGUUUAUCAAAGGUUCCUCAGAGUGGCUUGAGUUGUAUUUAUAAAGGCGUGUAAUGUAAACCUGUUAUUAUUCUUGAAAACAUGAUCGCAUUUUAAGCACUUAAUACAGUACAUGCAAUUUCAAAUUUUAGAUUGACUUAUUAAUGCAUAGCAUUUACGUACAAAAGCUUCAUUUGAAUGAGUGAAAUGCAACUCAUCCAAACGACCUAAAUCUGUUUUGUCGUUCGUUUGUUUAUUAUGAUUAUAUAUUCAUUCCACUGCAUGCAAAGCAUAAAUUAGUUAUAUGUGUUCAAGGACACUCGUCCCGUGAAGACACUAAAAGCGUGUCGUCGUUCUUGCAUUUGUGUGUGAUUGUACAGGGAGCGUGGCAUGCGGCCAUUCAGACAAAGGUGUUUAGCAUGCAUGAAUCAUCCAGUGACUAGGUGCCAUAUUGAACGAGUGUGUGUGUGUGUGUGUGUGUGUGUGCAUUAUUUGUGCAUGCUGCUCUAUCGCUCCCCUGCCUUCAUCUCUCCCCUCCCCCCUCCGUCUAGCACCUUAUCACUCUCUCCAUCUAUCCAAAUUUGGAGACGCUUUAUUGGCGUGACGGGGUUGGUCGGACAUGAACAUCGCCAUGACGAUAUUCAUAUGAUAAUAACGGCAGCAGACCAAACAGAUCGCGGGAUCCUCGGAGCAGAACACUGUGUCCCUUUUCUUCACAGAUUUACUCAUCAAAUAUGCUUCAUUCAGAGCGUAUUGGCGUUAUUCAUUUAUAAUGUCUCCCCCCUCCCCUCGUUCUGCCUUUUCUCUCGCCUGUCUGUCGCUCUUCUUCUCUCUUCGCCAUGUUGGCAGGCCCCAAUCGACCAGCUGAUAUCAGCAUUCCCUGGCACUGUGCCAACUGGCAGGGCUGCAGAGAGACGGGGAGACAGACAGAAUUAAAGACAACCAGAGAAGAACAGAGGAAGGGAAGCAAUGAACGAGAAAAGUGUGGUGGGAUUAAAAAAGAAAAGGAACAAUAAUGGCGAGAAAGAAAGAAUGAGAACGAAAGAGGGGGCAGUCUAAGUGAUAUAGUGUGAUAUCCUUCUGAGUCACGGCUGAACGGAUGUCAACUGGCUCUCUUAUCCACCAUAACAUCCAAGUUUUAUGUCACAGAUGCACACAAACACGCAUACAGUUCACAGCGGUGUAAAGCCACAUAAGCAUCGUGACACACAUCCACACAUGCCUGCACCCUCGCAGCUGUUCAGCAGAUUGCCUCGCCAUAAUCAUCAAUGAAAUUCAUUUUCUGUUAUUUACCAAAGAAGCAGGGGACUGUCGGAGGUGGACGGGCAGAUUGCCACCUUCAUAGCACACCUCUCAGUCAAGGAAAUGAAGCAUGGCUUAGACAAAGCACUGAAUAUGGAUUCCCCACCAGAGUGUAUGCUGGCUCUUUCCUGUGAGCCCCCACUGUCUCCUCCGUCCAUGCCCUCCCUGGACCACAGUCCCCAAGGCCUGGCCCAGAGUCCUCAGUUUACCCCUUCUAGUCCUCAAACCGAACUCUAUGCCCCUGCCUCGCCCUGCCCCCUUCCUGGUGCCAGCCUCCAAGAUGAAGAGGAUGAGGAGUUGUCGGCACCUCCAUCGCCCACCCCGGCAGUGGCACUGUUUCCUGGUGAACUCGGCAGUCCCUCAUCAGAGAGCAGCCCUCCAGCCACACCGUCAGCAUCCUUCUCUGGCUUUGGAGCUCUGGAGCAGGCCAUCUCCUCUGGUCAGAGCACCACCUGCAGUGAUGAAUUGGAUCUUCAGCUUUUCAACAAUGAAUGCAUGACUUUCCCAGGAGGAACCAGCUCCGGACCUGCCCUGAAGUUUCCAUGCCAUGUCUGUGGAAAGAGGUUCCGCUUCCAGAGUAUUCUGUCAUUGCAUGCUCGAGCUCACAGUUUGGAUAGGGACCGCCGGGCUUCAGCACUCUACCGAACCGCACAUGCCAAGUUGCAGCAGAACCAUGUAAGUGGCUGUGUAAUCCAGAAUCUCAACAACAGAGAUCUAGGCCUGAAACAGAGUCCGUUAUCUGUCUCAUCACAGAAGAAUAUGGAUGAAGAAAUAGUUCCCGAGGAACCUCUUCAAACUGCUAGUAGCCCUCAGUUCCUCUUUGUAGGAACCACAGCUCUGACUCCACCUCUAACAGAGGAGGCACCGAUCUCGACGUCCUUUUCUCCACUUGGCCAUGCCCAUUUGGAAGAAAGCUCCCCCUCCACAGUUGCUCCCACGUUCCGUUGCCAUGCUUGUAAGGGAAAGUUCCGUACCGCUUCAGAGCUGGCACGCCACGUGCGAAUCCUCCACAACCCCUACAAAUGUACAAUGUGUCCCUUCUCGGCCAGUCAAGAGGAAAGACUGGCUGCCCAUCUGCAGGAGAGCCACCCACCUGAAGAUCCUGUGGCUGCAACCGUUUUCCCUUCUCACCCCGUAACAGAACCACCAGAAACCCCUCCCCCAGUGUCAGUUGUCCCAGCAUUCCGCUGUGAGACAUGUGGCCAGCGUUUCACUCAGUCCUGGUUUCUGAAGGGACAUAUGCGGAAGCACAAGGACUCAUUGGACCACAAGUGCCAGGUGUGUGGUCGUGGCUUUAAGGAACCUUGGUUUCUUAAGAACCACAUGAAGGUGCAUCUCAAUAAGCUGGGACUCAAGGCUGGGCUGGGAAAUCUGGGGCCCGCUGGAUCUGAUCAAGUCAAAGGUCCUGCUAGCACACAAGUGCUAGGUGCUCUUUAUUCCAACCUGCUCCUGGCUCGUAGUAUGGCGGGUGGCGGAGGGUCGGGAAGUCGCACAGAGAGGUCGGAUGGUGGUGUGGCCUUAAGUAAAUCCUCAGUCCUGGGCUAUCUGGGAUUUCCCAAAGACAACAGUAAUGGAAGCUGCAUGGAGCGCCUUCAGGCUGUGGCACAGGUGGCAGAAAUGGGUAACGGAGGUGGAAGGGGAGGCGAGGCAGCAGACGGAGCAGACCAGGCGGCCAUGUGGCAGCUGGUUGCUCGCAGUCUGGCAGCAGCACAGAACAACCACCAACAGCAGCAGCACCAGCGAUCCCACUCACAGCCACCUUCCUCACAGGGCACGGUUGCUGGGGAGACCAAACAAAUGAGGGCCUACCUGGGUGGGUUCAGUUCUAGAGAGGAGCUGGAGGCCUCUGGUGCUCCCUGGGAGUGUCCAGAUUGCGGCAAGCUGUUUCGAAGCCUUCAGCAGGUGGUCGCUCAUGCCCGUGUACAUGUUCAGAAACCCCAGAAAGGUCAGAGUGCCCGGGGAGGCACAUUAAGAGAAGAGGAUAUUAUAAACCGAAUGGGUGGAACUCCAGUCGCCAGUGGAGUAGGAGGAGGGCGAAGAGUUAGCGACAGCGAAGGCAGACAGGAGGCAAAGCAUCUUACAUCAGGAGAGGAGGCCGCUGGGAGCUUCCAUUCUGUCAUAUCGCAUCUCUCCGGUCAGAAUGGUCUGAGGGGAUCAACCUCAACGAGCUCUUCAGUUCCUAGGGAGCGUGUUCGGGGAACAGGGGUGAAGGAUUGCCCUUACUGUGGUAAAGCUUUCCGCUCUUCUCAUCAUCUUAAAGUGCAUCUUCGUGUACACACAGUGUUUGCACAUACUGACUUCUGCAAGCAAUGUUGCCGGAUCUGUUUUCCUUUUCAAGGGGAGAGACCGUACAAAUGCCCUCACUGUGAUUAUGCUGGCACUCAGUCCGGCUCCCUCAAGUAUCACCUACAGCGUCAUCAUCGCGAGCAAAGGAACGCUAUGGCAACCUCCCCAAACUCCCCUUCACCGGGCCUCCCCUCUCUCACCGGCUCUCCUCUUGAAGGGGUGAAAAAACAUCGUCGGCUCCCCUCCAUGUCCCGCUCUUCUUUUGGGAGGGUUCCUGUAGAAGCGUCUUCCUCCAGACACGGUCAGUCAUGGGCUGUAGGCACUUCAGAGAAGAAGGACGGACGUCAAAGAGAGGGAGACGUAGAGAGUCAAUAUCGCAGUUUGUCGGGAAUGAUGGGUGCACUCUUCCCUAGUGGUCUAGAAGCAGGUUGGAAGGACGAGGCACCUCCCCGCAAAAUGCCGAAAGUGUCUCGACGAAAGCCGCUUACCACGAGUCGCAUGGUGUCUGCAAACGGGUACCAGGGUGGAAUAACGUCCCACGAAGGAGUCUUUGAACCCCUGGACCUUUCCCGCCGCCCUUUGCAAGAUGAGGUGGCAGCGAGUGCUUCCGGAGGUGGAACGUCUGGCGGUCCUAAAGGAAGUAGUGACAUCCUUAAUCAGUGUGUGUUCUGUCCGUUCCGAACCUCUUCAGUUGAGCUGAUGGCUAUGCACCUUCAGGUCAAUCACACCAGCAAGUCUCGGCGCAAGCGGGGCAUCCCUGCAAACCGUUCCCCAAGACUCACCUCGCCCGGGCCGGACCGCGACCCGCUGACUCUGUGGAAGUUCCUCAAUGUAGAAGAUGGAAUAAUGUCCCCUGACGAUUGGCUUUCAUCAAAGGCAAGACUUGAGAACGGGCGGAGUCCAGAAAACAGAGAAGCGGAGGAGGGUUUUGAACUGGCACCCGAACCUGCGGGAACAGAAAAGGACCUGGAUGAGGAAGACGAGGAACUGGAUGAGGAGGAGAGUGAACUGGAAUCGAACGGCAGCUUCGGAAAUUUCCCCGAGCAUCCGAACAGAAGGGCUCAGUCUGUUUCCUCAGACCUCACGAUGGAGGAUCUGCUCAUGGAGGACAAGGGUAAAUGAGAGCAAUCUGGAGACGGAGGCAGGGGAGACGUCAGACAUAUUUGGGAGUUGUCCAUGAGCACUCAUAUCAUUUAGACCAAGGCCAGACCAGUCGCUACGUGCGUCAUCAAAACCCUCAAUAAUAAUAAACAAAAGGAUUACCCAUAAUGUACCCCCUUUAGUAAGCGAUCGAUUACCUCUACAUACACAAAGACUCUACAUCACAGAGAUAUCCAGUAUUGUAUGCCAGUCUCAGCCUGCCAGUCAAGGAGUCUCCGGACCUUCUCGAACACUGUGUUCCUGUCUUCUUGUCAGUGAACGUGAUUGCCAAGUUCUUUGCUUUCGUGAAUCUCUUGCUCUCACCUUAAAACAAAACAAAAACUUGGAAUGUCAAGCGGGAGACGCACACGGACGCUAUCCUUUAUCACGACAAGAGAGAAAUGCCGACAAUGCUACUUCCACGUGAACGUGCGUCUUCAGUCAACCAAAGGAGUGAGCGCACUUCUUACCGACUCUAAACAGAAUGCUGUGAAUGGUACUUCUGAAUCACCUCUAACAAAACUGGACAGAGUAAAGAUUAUAUGACCAGAUAUCCACACUGCCUGUCUGCUCCAUCGGGUCUUCUUCAGAUGUUCUAUAAAACAGAGUUUCUGCCUCUUCUAUAUGCUAUUUCUCUCUCAGUGCCUGUCGAUGUAAAUGGUUUUUAGCAGAUCAAGCAACACAGGAAUAUAGUCGCAGUGAAUAUAUAGAGUAUAUACAGUACGCGCGUCCUUGUACUAGAGCGUAGAGUUCUGUAUCAGUAUGUCGGCAGUUCGUGUGAUGGUGAAUGAAACCGUGAACUGAACCCAGAGCGCCACGUGUGAAAACAGCCGGCCGUUUGACGCGGGCCAGAUGUGUUUACAUUACACAAACCACCAGGAUUGUUGGACUGCCAUUACUAUGAAAAAUAAUACCGUCUGAGUUCAGAUUUCAGGAUUUGAAACAAAUCAUCUAGAAACGGAGACUCGGCAAUAUGACAUUCCUGUUCCUCGUAUGACUGACUUGAGGGUGGAGAAACGUAUACUGUGUGUCAUUUUUUAGAUAGCAAGUAGACCGUUUUCUUUACAUAUUAAAAAAAACCACACUAACAAAUCCAGACAUCCCAGUAGAGAGUAUGUAGCUUUUGUAAAGAUACGAGAUGAAAAAGAGAGGACGAAAAAAUAUGUCGUUGUUCUUCUAAGAAGUGUUAAUGGAAAAGAGUAAUACGUAUUAUAAUAAUUAUGAAAGAAGACAUGAAUGAGAACGUCCCAAGAGCACUGUGCAAAGUUUAUUUUCUCCGACAAGCUUUUGUUUGACCAAACUUUUGUUUCCCCCCCACAAAACGUAUUUUUUAAUAAUGCUGCAGGUUCAAUUCACAACCCCUUAAACAUCAAUCAACGAAUCAAUCAAUCAAUCAGCAAAUCAAUCAUUUGGAUACACAAUCAAUGUUAAGGAUCGUUCAGCGAUUGCUAAUAUAUUUAUACGUCAAUGCCGACAUCACGUCCAAGACGUGUCGCGAUAUCGAUGUUGUCAGUUUGACUGAUCUGUUCGCCAAAUUUUCAUUUAAAUGUGCACAAAGGAUGAUGUACUUUCCUAGUCCAGCUCUGUGAAAUCAUCGAGUCGUCUCAUUUUUAUCAUUAGACAGAUGGGGUAGGCCAGUAGUCCAGUGUUUCGUCUAGCCUUAAUUUGUGAAACGUGCAUUAUUGUGUUCUUGUUUGGUAUGUAGAGAACGCGUAUGAUUUCGGUAUAGCCCCUGAUGUGCGUGCGUUCCUUUAAGACAACAGUCAAGCCACUGUGCCUUCUGUCCUGAGCACUUCCUCAAGUAUUUUGUAAGUUCACCAAAAGCACUUAGCCCCUACUGUAUCUCGCGCUUUUAUUUGGUGACCCGCCGUCUGAGUGUCUGUUUUGUGGAGAUUAUCUGAUGUGCAUGGGGUCCUUGUCAUGUCAGAAUAUUUCCUGUCGUUCCAUCAUUCAUGGCUGUGUGCGGUUUCCCCUCCCUUUAGCAUGUGCAUCGCUGAAAGCUGACGUAGUAUUUAGCGCAGAGGCCUCUUGGUAUUUUAAUUUCUAUGAUGUUACUUUAAUGCCGAUGAGAUGAAAUCAAGCUCUUCUGCUCAUAAUUAUUAUUCUGAUCAUUGUUUGUUUUGUUUCAUGGAGCAAAAAAAAUGUAAGCAAAGAAAAAACAAAAACAAAAACUGUCUCUUGAAUGUUGUAUAGAUAGAAAUAGAAAUGUUGUGUUUCUAAUGAGAGAUCAAACCAUGGCACCUGUUCUCAAUCACUCCCUCCAUCUGUGUGUGUGCUCGUGUGUGUGUGUGUGUGUGUGUGUGUGUGUGUGCGUGCGUGCGUGCGUGCGUGCGUGUGUGUGUGUAUGCGCGUGCGCGCGCGUGAGUGUGUGUGUGCGCGCGUGUGUGUGUGCGCGUGUGUGUGCGUGCGCGUGUGCGUGCAUUAAAAGGAUUAUUCUGUAGAAAUAAACUGACACUGUGAAAAAAAGUACCGCUUGCAUUCAAGUAUUUCCAAACAGGGAUAUGCUGCUCAGACAUUCACAUAUGACCUGCAUGUUGCUUUUGGUGAUGAAUGUUUAUCCAGUGAGAGAUGGAGAGAAGGUGCUGGUUUGAUCUUUUCAGUAGCUGACUGUUAUUGAUGUCAGGGGAAGCUGAUUUAACAUUGUAGUGACUAAUAUGAAAUCGUGGAUUGAAAAAAAAAGUAGCGAAGAAUCAAUAAAAUACAAAAAAACAAAAUUAUUGCUUGUUAUAGUGUGAUAGUGUGUUUGUCUGCAUCACAUUUCCUGAUGUAUUUCUUAUUAUGUGCCACACUCAUAUGUCCACUUUAACAUCCUGUGAAGUCUUAUCCGAGUUAUUAAUAAUA